UUGUUUCUUCAUUCUAUUCACUCUAUUUUGUUUUUCUUUUUGACCUCCACAAAGCAUGUCCAAGAUUGCUCAGAAGCGAAAGCAAGCCAAAGCAGCGCAGCAAGCCACGUCCGACGAGCAGGACGACGCCAUGGUCGAGCAGGCGCUCACCGCGACCGGCUUCGACGAGUCCGAGCAAAUGGACGACGGCGAUGAAGACGAAGACGAAGACGAAGACCAAGAGGACGCUGGCGAGGCGGACGAGGACGCAAUGGACACGUUCGACGCGUCCGAAGUCCAACGCGUGGCUCUGGCCGACCACUACGCCCGCUCCUCCUCAUCCGCCGCUGGCGCUGCGCCGCUGAGCUCGGCUGAGAUUGCUGCUGCAGAGUCACGGCCGCAGUUUGCGCCGCUCUCGGCCAAGGACGCAGGCAAUGGCAAGGACGGAUUCCGCAAGGUGCUGGUGCCCGCGCACCGAUACACGCCGCUGCGCGAAAACUGGCUCAAGAUCUACACGCCCUUGGUGCAGCACAUGAAGCUGCAAAUCCGCAUGAACAUGAAGACACGCGCCGUGGAAUUGAAGACGUCACCGCAAACGGAAGACCCUUCUGCCCUUCAGCGUGGAGCUGAUUUUGUCCGCGCAUUCAUGCUGGGCUUUGAUAUCGCCGAUGCGAUUGCAUUGUUGCGCUUGGAUAACCUGUAUAUUGACACGUUCGAGGUUCUUGAUGUCAAGCCAUUGCAUGGUGAACACAUGUCUCGUGCCAUCGGCCGUAUUGCAGGCUCUGGUGGCAAAACCAAAUUCACAAUCGAGAACGUCACAAAGACCCGCAUCGUUGUUGCAGACAGCAAAAUUCAUAUUCUCGGUUCCUUCCAAAACAUUAAGGUUUCUCGCGACGCCAUCGUCAGUUUGAUUCUUGGUAGCCCACCUGGCAAGGUCUAUGGCCAGCUUCGCUCUGUUGCUGGGCGCAUGGCUUCGCGAUUUUGAAGCCUUGUUUGGCGGUCGGUUGUUUUUGCAUUUACAAGACUGUGAAUUUUGGUUGGUCUUCUUUGUUCAUGUUAACACUAAAAGCAAGCUUGAUGGAUUUA